AUGGAAACACUGUCCUUACCACCAACCCCCACCCCCAACCCAAGGCCCAACUCACAGCCCAUGCCCAAUGACACCAAUACCCCCGGAAGACCUGCAACUCCCACCUCUGCUCCCCCUCUGGUUGCAGCAGAAGUGACCACACCUGUAACCAAAAAUACCCUAGAGGACCUCUCCAAAUCCAUCCAUGCCCCCAGGGAUGAUGAAGACACUGCAAUGUCCAAUGACAACACAAUACCAAACCCCUUUAUCCCUCCCUCUACUACCACCUCCACUCCCUCCAAACCCAUCACCCAUUCCAAAGAAGACCUUCUUAGAGCACACCUCACUGUAGCAGAGACAAACCACUCCAUUGUCAAACUAAACAGCUUGAACUCUCUUACAGCAAUCCCACACUUCACCCCCAUCCCAUUAGGAGGUUUCCCACAAAUCCACCUAUCCCACGCAGCUCAACUCUUUGAUUUCCAAUCCUCCAAAGUCAUCAUGGCAUGGCUAAAAGUCCCACACCCAAAACUCCUCAUACAAGUUUUCAAUCAUGAUGGGAAGAACCCAUUGGCCAAAGGCCCAAUCUUUGUGGAAUGCCUCUGCAAGGCAAUCAUGGACAUUGUGAACUUUGUCCAUGACAACCAAGAAGUGAAAGUUUCCCCCCUGUCCCCAGAUGCUACCAUCAAAGAUGAUGACAAGCACCCCAUCAGUUUCCUAGCAUACAACUUCUUGGAAGAGACAAAGAACAUCAUUCUUUCACAGCACAUAUGGUCUUCACCAGACAUCACCUUUGUGGCCCACCAGUUCAGUGUAAACACCCCCCCCCCCUCCUUCUCUUCUGCCUACACAGCUUCUCAACCACUGACACCAAAACCGUCAAAGACCUAG